AUGGAAGAGAGCAAGAUGAAUGUAAACACAGUGAUUCCGGUCUGUAAUACUCAGGGUGCUAUUUUAGCUGACAUUACAAAUGUCGUGGCUAACGACGCCAAAAACGCCAGAACUGAAAGGAGAUUACGAUUGCAACAAAAGCGUAAAUUUCCAUUCGCAGAUGACACUACUACUGUUAAUCCUAUGGUGGGGCAAUCAGAUUCAACCGUUCAAGUUUUUGUCAAACCAAUAGGUAUAGAACCGAAACGUAUUGGUAUCAAUACGGGAAAACCAAGCCAAGUGGCAAUUGGAAAGGAUUCAACACCUGAGUCAACACCUUAUAGGAUAAGGAAGAAGUUUCCUAACCAGUGUGAUAGAAGUCAGACUCCUGGCCAAAGCAAUGCUAAAAUUAACUUUGGCUCGCAACAAACACCAAAGAAAGUUGCUCCACGAUCUAGGUCUACUCCUAUGUCAACGGUAUCAGGCAUUACCUCUUCUACUACUCAUGGUCAUACUAAAAAGAAGAUGAUUCCAGGUGCGCCUGAUAUGCCCAUCUCGAUAGACUCGGAUUCUUCAGAUUGUGGUGAUGAUACGAGUGAUUCGAACUUCAAUGAAGGGGAGGUCAAUCAUUCAGGUAUUUACGUGCCAGUAGCAGAAAAUACUGAUGAGCCGAUAGAUUCCGAUUCCUCAGAAAGUGGUGAUGAUAUUUGGGAUUGUUCAAGCAAUGAAGGUGCUGUGUUUCAAUCUGACUCUGAAGAUGAUGUAGAUGAUCGAACUGAAUCAUUAAGACGUUAUCAAUACACUACACUGGUGUAUGAGUCCUUAACAAAGAUAUUUGGUGGUUUACAAAACCAAUGUCAAAAACAGCAACCCUUGACCGCAGUUAUUAAUAAAAAAGAGGAAGACUACAAGGAUGAUGGAGAUAUGACAUAUGAAUGUCCUAAAUGUGGAGCUUUAUUUUGGUACAAUGAGAGAGUUAGUAAGUCGAGGAAUCCUAAAAUUCCGGUUUUCACCAUGUGUUGUUUGAGAGGGAAAAUCAAGCUACCUACUCUUAAGGAACCACCAUCAUAUCUUAUGGAUCUUCUAACCAAGGAUGACAGUAUCAGUCCUAGAGUGUUUAAACUUCAUGGAGAGAAUUAUCAUAUGAUUGGCAGCGUGAAGCCUAAAGGAAUGGACCCUGCGAAGUUUUCCCAGCUUUAUAUUCAUGAUACUGAGAAUGAAGUCCAGAACCGUCUCUCUGCAUUAAGUGGGAAUUCAGGAAAAAAUAAAAUUCGAGAGGAAUUGGUUGAGGGUAUAAUGGAGAUGUUAAGGAUAUCUAAUGUGCAUGUGAAAACCUUCAGGAAUGUUAAAGACAGAUUUAAUGACGAAGACGCCUCAGAAGAGUUAUCAUUAGUCUUGAUUAACACUCGACUUAAAGAUGGUCGUGUUUACAAUCUACCAACUUCAUCUGAAGUUGCGGCUCUGGUAGUUGGAGAUUUUCAGGAAAACAUGGACAAGAGAGAUAUCAUUCUGGAAAAGAAUAAUGGUAAAUUAAAGAGGAUCAACGAGCUGCAUCCAUGCUACCUCCCAUUACAAUAUCCUCUGCUUUUUCCAUAUGGAGAAGAUGGAUUCCGGUUGGGCAUCAAAAAUGGUUUUACAGGCAUCAACCAAAAGAAGAAACCGAAUAUCAGUAUGAGGGAGUAUUUUUCCUAUCGAAUUCAAGUUCGUAACACUGGUUCUCAGGUCCUACUUCUCUCUAGACGUUUACUACAACAAUUCUUGGUGGAUGCUUACACAAUGAUUGAAGCUCAUCGUCUCCGGUACAUUCGCAAGAACCAGUCAAAUCUGAGGACUGUGAAGUUUAGUAAAUUCGUGGAUGCUGCGAAUAAUGGGAAUUCUACUGUUUCUAUUGAAGGCAACCGUAUUAUCAUCCCCUCAUCCUUCACUGGCGGACCAAGGUAUAUGCAUCAAAUGUACUUGGAUGCAAUGUCUAUAUGCAAAUACUUUGGAUAUCCGGAUCUAUUUAUUACAUUCACUUGUAAUCCAAAAUGGCCGGAGCUUUCAAGGUAUUUACAUAAAUUCAACUUAAGAGCCGAGGACAGACCUGAGCUAUGUUGUAGGCUAUUCAAAAUUAAGCUCGAUAAGUUGAUGGAGGAUCUAACCAAGAAACAUAUACUCGGUAAAACAGUUUCAGCCAUUUAUACGGUUGAGUUUCAGAAAAGAGGUCUUCCACAUGCUCAUAUUUUGUUGUUUAUGGACUCACAACAUAAAUUGCCUAAUGCUGAAGACAUUGAUCGUAUCAUAUCGGCGGAAAUUCCAGAUAGGUUUGAAGAACCCAAGUUGUAUGAAGUGGUGAAGGACAUGAUGAUUCAUGGCCCUUGUGGGGUUGUUAAUAGAGGUUCUCCAUGUAUGAAGGAUGGGAAAUGUUCUAAGUUUUUCCCUAGAAGGCAUGUUGAGAAAACUACAGUUGAUGCACAAGGUUAUCCUGUAUACCAAAGGCGAGACAAUGGUAACUUCAUUGAGAAGAAAGGGAUUCAAUGUGAUAACCGUUUUGUUGUCCCCUAUAAUAAAAAGCUACUGCUUGGAUAUAAUGCACACAUCAAUGUUGAAUGGUGCAACCAGUCACGUUCAAUUAAGUACUUAUUUAAGUAUAUAAACAAAGGCCAAGACCGUGUCACUGGUACUGUUACUGCAAAAAAGAACUUUGAGACUUCAGGAGCAGAAACAAAUCAAAUACCAGCUCCACCAAAUGGAGUGGACAUUACUGGGGCAAUUGCUGUAGAACCAGAAGUUGAUGAGAUUAAAAAAUAUUUCGAUGCAAGAUAUAUAUCGGCCUGUGAAUCAACUUGGAGAAUUUUUGGUUUCCCAACUCAAUAUAGAUCCACACCAGUGGAGAAGCUAACCUUUCAUCUAGAAGGAGAGCAACCUGUUAUUUACAAAGACGGUGACACAGUGGAGAGUGUGUUGGGUCGAGUGCACUUAUCUAAGACAAUGUUCCUUGCUUGGUUCGACUGUUGUGAAAUCUACCCUGAAGCAAGAGAGAUAACGUACCCAGAACUUCCUACUAGAUUCGUUUACGAUGCAAAGCUGAAAGUCUGGAAUCCUAGAAAAAGAGGUUUUGCUAUUGGUAGACUGGAAUCGGUUUCGCCUUUAUCCGGACAACGAUAUUAUUUACGAGUCUUGCUUAACAAGGUUAAGGGUCCGCGUUGCUAUGACGACAUUAAGACUGUCAAAGGGAUUGUUCAACCGAGUUUCGAGGAAGCCUGUUAUGAACUUGGUCUCCUAGAUGAUGAUAAGGAAUAUAUUGAAGGUCUUAAGGAAUGUGCAUUUUGGGCAUCUGGUGCAUUUGUUCGUAAUCUAUAUGCCAAUAUGUUGGUAUCUGGGAGUUUGUCUUUUCCUAAAUUGGUCUGGGAUUCUACAUUUGAUAUACUCUCGGAGGAUGUGCUUUAUCUUGAAAGGAAAAAGCGUCGAAACCCAGGUAUAUUUUUGCUUUAUGUUUUUGAGGUUUGA